AUGUCAACUCGUCCAGAUAGCGCAACAACCCGGUUGUUCUGGGAAUCCCUUCAGAGGGAUACGAGUGAAUUUCCUGAUGACCCUGAUGACCCAGACUAUAAGCCUCAAUCUGAUUUCCUUCGUGGUGUUACAUUUGGCUCGUCUACUCAGCCCUACAAAUGUAGCCGCCAGGUCUUUUACGUCCGUGAGAACACAGUCUUUUCGGUUCGACCCUGCCAGGGCGUAUCGACUGAGGAGUUAUAUCCUACAAACGACGAAGACGCACGAUAUGUUCAUAUGGGGUGGCCUGCCCCUGGCUCCCUUCCUGCUCGACCUUGGGAUACAGUUUUUCAAUUGCCUAGAUCAUCCUCAAGCCAGGGCACUUGGGUAUCGAGGAGGAUGGUGGUUCUCAAGUGGACUAUAAGCCUUCGUGUUCAUGACCUGGUUCCUGUGGAACCCUUUAUAUCGGCUACAGAGGCUGCGCUAAGGGAGCCAACCUCUGUUGGUCAGAUGGAGGCACUUCGCUCAGUCUUUGCAACCUGGGGUGAGAUGAUUCCUUUGAGUGCGGUCAUCGGCUGUUCACUGGCUGCAACUGGUAUACUUGGUUCCAAUCAAAAUUUGACUGGUGACACAUCAACGUACCGCCCACCUGACCGUGGUCCAGACAUGAUGCAGAUGAUCGAAAGGAACUUAGACAUCACGGGAAAUUUUGAAAGGAAAUAUGAAUCACGCAUUCAGGGCGGAUACCCCGAGACCUUUUCCAAGUCAGGAUUCGAUACUUGGUUCUCAGAUGCGGUAGAAACCAAAAAUUGGCCAACUUGGCAAGUUAUCAAAGUUAAUCAAGCAGUGGCAAUUACCGAACUGCUGCCCAAAUCGCUUCGAGAAAAGGUCAACCGCCUUUUCUCUUAUGGGAGCUUGGUUUCGCGCUCUCCCGCGGUCGGUCUUCAAGCUCCGCUUGGCUUCGACGGCGCUUCCUUAGGAACCAAGGAUAUCAAGCAAAUCGAUUUCUGGCAUAACGGGUCGGUACUGCUAGAUAUCUCGAUUGUUUAUACAGACAGUACAGUGGCUGGACCGUAUGGGUUCGGAACGAAGAAUCGCAUAACGGAUAGCUUUGUACUUACCCGUGGCGAAUUUAUCACGGACGUAUUCGUUUGGUCUACUACGAACACUAUAACCUCUAUCCAAUUUGCCAAAAAUACAGCUGAGGUUUCUGGUCGCUAUGGAGCAUUAGCCGGAGCAGGCGAUCCGACAGUAUUUAAUAAGGGAGGAAGAGCAUUAUUAGGAAUAUCGGGAAGUGUCACCGCAACUUCACUUACACAACUCCAGAUGGUCUGGCGCAAUGAUAUAAGGUCGUAUGAAAGUCGAAUCAUCGACAGCACAACGAUCGGUUCGAGCAGUACUACAAUUUUCAACGACUUUGAGUACUUGGGCGACCCGGCUUCUUCACGCAUUACUCGAAUUCAGUACAGGAAUACUACCAAUCAACCCGUGGCAGGUCUUCAGAUCACGUAUAGCUCUAUGUCUGAUGGCGAACUAGUCUAUCAGCGGACUCCAACUCGUGGCACAGAUGCGGGUGCUAUAAGUGACUGGGCUCUAGAAGAAGACGAGUAUAUUGUCAUGGUAAAAGGCAAUUACGCUGCCAAUGUCGUUUAUUAUCUAGAGUUAGAAACAAACAAAGGAAAUACCAGAAAGUUUGGACAGGUUGCUGGGAAUUCAUUCUACCUUACUCCACCGAAUAGGGAUAUGAUAUUAUACUACAUACUUGGAAAGAGUGCUGGCUACCUGCAGAGUCUGAGUGUUGUGUGGGGAAUGCCACCAACCGAAUCCAAGUAG